AUGGUCCAACUAGCCGAAUUCGAGCGGAGCAAUUUCUCCGAAGAGCGAGAGCUCACUGAACGUAGUCCUUUACGUUCAUCUCCACCUUCAUCGUACUCAAGACCAAGUUCUUCCCGACUAUCACCAUUUGUGGGAUCGUAUUCAAAUUGUGAUUCAGUGGAUGAACUAUGCGAUCGGUUGAGUAGAUAUCAUCGACAAGUUAGAGAUAUGCUAAACUUCGGGUCGAUUCAAAUUGACGAGGAGACCAGAGACAUUAUCAAUCAGGUUGGAUCCGUCCCAGGGAAUAAACCACCACUUCUGUUUCACGAGAUUCAUGGAAGCAAUGUGAUGAUAAUGAAAAAUGGUCGAAUGGCGAAACGAAAAGAGAGUUUUUGCAAAGGAUUAGCCUUCUCCAGUCGACCAAUUGAAAUUGAUGAAAAUAUUUGUCUCCGUUUAUGCGAGGUUGGAACUAGCUGGUCGGGUGUUCUCAGAUUUGGAGUGACCAAUGAGGAUCCAGAACAAUACAGAUCUAUUCCAGUUCCAACAUUUGCUUGUCCCGAUUUAACAACAAAGGAUGGAUACUGGGCAAAAGCUUUACCUGAAAGAUACUCAACACAAGGAAAUAUCUUGCAUUUUUAUGUCAACCAGCAGGGAGAACUAUUCUACGGGAUUAACGGAACACAAAAGGGUAUGUUUUUAACGGGUAUCAACGUUCGCAGUCCAAUUUGGCUCAUUCUCGACAUCUAUGGAAACUCGGUCGCAGUGGAAAUAUAUGACGCCUCCGAAUUCCAACCACGACGAAAUGCUCCACCACCUCCCCAAAUUUUCCCGCCACUUGGACACCGUCUUGCUCGACCAGUACCGCUACCAGCAGUUGCGGCUCGAGUGAAUUCUCCUAAUUUUGAAUCUUCAUCGGCCUCGCGAACGGAUGACUCAGGUGUCACUCCAAUUCGCUUCCACCACGUCAAGGGAUGUCAUAUCACAUUGAACCCAUUCCGAAAUAUUGCGACUCGAGAUCAGGCGGAAUACUCACAAGGCUACGUUUUCACAGAGCGACCAAUCAAAAAUAACGAGAAAGUGAUGAUUCAGAUCACUGAAGUGCAACGUCUUUAUGAAGGGGGACUUGCAUUUGGAGUGACAUGCUGUGAUCCUGCCACGAUUCGUGUUGCAGAAUUACCAGAAGAUUCAUCGGAUUUAGUUGAGAUGCCAGAAUACUGGGUUGGAAUUAAAGACAUUGCUCUCCAACCGAAGGCCAAUAGCAUAUUGUCCUUCUGGAUUACUGAUUCUGGAGAAGUCAAAUUUGAAGUUGACUCGAAUGGUGCUCGCACCUGCCUUCAUGUCGACAACUCUCUAAAACUCUACAUGUAUUUUGAUGUAUACGGAUCGACGAUUGGUAUCAGACUUAUGGGUUGCUUACCAGUACUAAGAUCUCAUUCUCCUUCUGCCAGAGAGCUUAGAGAAAGUUCCUCAAGAAGUGACAGAAAUGACCAACCGCUAUCCAUUCCAAAAAGGCCGGCUAGAAUCAUGGAUCCUUCUUCGUCUUCGCUUUUUGCUCCUCCUGCACUUCCAGCGAGACCUCCUCCAGCUCCUCACAGUCCGUUGAGAGUUAACAUCCGUGACUCACUGGAAAGUUCUUCAAGUGCACCAACAUUCCCUCGAACCACCAUUGAUGAUCUUCUGCUUGGAGAUCUUCUACCACGAACUGCACCGCCACCUGUUGCCCCAAGAACAACAAUCGCUUCAUCAGCAUCAACGUCACGUUUACCGAGCAGACCAACAACUUCUGCAAUGAUGUCUCCGCCAGCAUUCAGCCCACCACCACUUCCAACAUCGUUCCAAAAUUUGGCAGUUUCUUCUGGCAACGACAAAGAAGGAGAAGCACCAGGAGAAGGAGAUGAGUGCACGAUUUGUAUGGAUGCUCCAGUGAACUCUGUACUCUACACCUGUGGUCAUAUGUGUAUGUGCUUUGAUUGUGGCCGUCGUCUUCUCACUACGAAAGGGACAUGCCCAAUUUGCCGCGCUCCUGUGCAAGAUGUCAUUAAAACUUAUAAAUCUUAA